GUCAAAAAGGGCAUAGUAACGGGUAGCCAGAUUUUUAGGUUGCUGGCGAUUGCUGUUUACCUUGGUGAUGAUGAAGUGGAAGUGCUGUGUUUGGAGAGGCGGGGAGUAGGGGGCGAAUGCCUGUAUGGUGAAUCCGUCUCCGUCUUAUUGAUAGUGAUGUUAUAAUUCUACCUCACAAGAUGAAGAAGUUAUUCAGUUUCGGCAAGAAAAAGAAAAGGGGUAUGUCCCCGAGCCCCUCGGAAACGGGCAGUGUGCUCUCCGGCUACGACGUGGAAGUGAAAGAGCUGGGCAAAUUACACCGAGCUGCCUCCUCCGGAGAUGUGGAUAAAAUCAGACAGCUGAUCAGGAAACAUGACAUCAACGAACCCGACAAAGACAGCAGAACACCUCUGCACCUUGCUUGUGCUCUUGGCCAUCCUGAUGCAGUUGCCACGUUAAUAGAAAACAAACCAAAACUAAACAUAUGUGACAAUGACCACCGAUCUCCUCUAAUGAAGGCUAUCCAGUGUCAGCAGGAACGCUGCGCCACCAUCUUACUGGAACAUGGAGCAGAUCCUAAUGUUGCGGACAUCAAUGGCAAUGCUGCCCUUCACUUUGCUGCACUUAUUCCCUCUAUGCCCCUAGCAGUGCAGCUGCUCGAUCAUGGAGCUGACAUCAAUGCUUCGAACAAGGAAGGGUGCACACCUCUUAUGCUUGCAGUGACAGAGAAUCAUGAAGAGAUUGUGGAAUUUCUCCUUAAUCAAGGAGCUGACGUAAAUACCGUAAACAAAAGUCACAGAACGUCUCUUUUGAUUGCUGCUAGCAAAGGAUAUAUCAAUUUAGUGAAAAUGCUGUUACAAAACAAUGCUGACCCCUUUCUAAAAGAUGAAAAAGGAUGGACGCCUGAUGAUCACGCUGUGGUGAAUGGACAUCAUGCUUGCUCACAUCUAAUCAUUGAACACUGUGCAAGAAAGCCAAUUGUGACUCCACAUGUCGGUCCUAGUAAGUUCAGCGCUACAAAGAGCAUGGUGGGCAUCGCUGCUAAAACCAUGGAAGUUACCAAGGACAUUUCAGAAGCAGGUGACAUUUCUGAAAGCAGUGCCUCCCAAAAGUCAGGUGGUGUAAAUUCUUGGCCUUCAUCUGAUGACGAGUUAGAUUUUUCCCCAAAGAAGAAUUUGAGGCCAAAUUUGAAAGAAAUGCUUGACAAGAAGAUAAAUGCUAUCCAGAAACCUAGUGUUACUGCUGCGCAACCCAUAAGCUUCUCUCCGCCAAAUAAAUCUGAUAGUAACGAAGAUUCCUUCCAUGGUAGUGACAAUGAAGAUCCACCCCAACCUAAUCCUUUUCCCCAAACCUUUUCCUUCAACCAACGUGUGCCUUGUACACCUAGCUCCUAUCCAAAGCCUUUCUACCUGGCUUCUUCCCACCUGAGUCUUAAUAAGGCGGAUCAAUCAGCUAAUAAAAUUGGUGGAAACAUUGGUAGUGAUUUGGAGGAUAGUGAUGAAGAAAGCUGUACUAAAGGAGACAUUUGUGACCCUGUUUUCGAAAGCAAGUUACAAGACCAUGGAACGUCUGAUCUUUCAAGAAAAACUGCUCCUGUGGAAAUAUACAAGCCAAUUGCCUUGACAAGUAAAGAUGUCUCUACUUCCCGUUCCGCUAAACAGAAUGAAAGCAAUCUCAAAUUAGAUAUGAUGGCAGACUUGGGACUAGAUGAUGCUGACGGUAUUGAAGAUUUAUCCGACUGGGAUUCGACCAGUGAUUCUCUUGAUCAAAGCAAUGUGGAUCCGAGUCCCAGAAAGCCGCUGCCUAAACCCAUACUUGCUACAGUGGAAAAGCCUGCCGCCCCAAACCAAGUCGCUGCGUGUCCAGAGCCAGCGAAGAAAGAGACGGAGAGUAUGCGGCCUACGGCGCGGGGCAAAGUACUGGAUGCCCCCAACAAACAUUUACAGGAAUUUAAGGACACGAGUGAUUUAUCUGACUGGGAUUCGACCAGUGAUUCUGUUGAUCAAAGAAAUGUGGGUCUGAGUCCUAGAAAGCUGCUGCCUAAACCCAUACUUGCCGCACUGGAAAAGCCUGCCGCCCCAAACCAAGUCGUUGCGUGUCCAGAGCCAGCGAAAAAAGAGACGGAGAGUAUUCCGCCUACGGCGCGGGGCAAAGUACUGGAUGCCACCAACAAACAUUUACAGGAAUUUAAGGACACGAGUGAUGUGAUGGCAGACUUGGGGCUAGAUGACCCUGCUGGCAUUGAAGAUUUAUCUGACUGGGAUUCAUCUAGCUUUUCCCUUGAACAAAGCAAUCUGAUUCCAAAGACUGGAAAGCUGCCAUCUGAACCCUUAACUGCCCCACCAAAAAAGCCUGCCAUUCCCACCCCAGUCACUGCGUAUCCAGAGCCAAAAGAAGAAGAGCCAGAGACUACGCAGCCUGCCAUUCCGGACAAAGUACUGGAAUCCACCAAUAAACACUUGCAGCCAGCAAAGAACAGUGGUGAUUUGUCUGAUUGGGAUUCGACUAGUGAUUCUCUUGAUCAAAGCAAUCUUAAUCCAAAGCCUGGCAAGCUGCUGCCUCAAUCAAUACCUGCCACGCUAGAAAAGCCUGCCGUUGCCUCUCCAGAUCCAGUGGAAAAAGAGUCCGACAUGCAGGGCAAAGGGCUGGAGUCCACCAACAAGCAUUUGCAGCAAGUGAAGAACAUGGGUGACUCCUCAAAUUUAACGGCCACAGCAGAACACAAGCCAGUGGUUGAUGACAUGCUAAACGCAUCAAACUUGACAAUGGGCCCAGAAUUUAGAAGCGAUGUAAAUUAUCAAUUGGUUUCACAACAGCCAUCUGAAUGCCAGGCAAUACAAAGUUCUGGCAACAACCAGGAAUCAUCAUCAUCAGACUCUGAAGAGCCCUGGGAGGAAAGAUAUGAAAAAAUGUGGGUUGACAAUGAAAAAAGGGAGGUCAAAAUACACUUCAAGGAUGUUACAGCGGAACUUAAAGAGAAAUUUGGGGAAAGUAAGGAAAACAAGAAAAAGUCAUUGGUUUCCAAAACCAGUAAAAAUACCAUGCAUUCACCAAAAGAGGACAAUCCCCAUAGGGUUAGUUUCACUGAAAACCAAACAGGACAUGAAAACGAGAUGAAUGUCUUGGCAUUUAAAGAAGAGCAAACACUACUUGACCUGAAGAAGCCAGACAGUGAAACUGCUGGUCAAGAGAGGGACAAUGACCCUAACACUGAAGUGAAUGUGAAUACUCAUGGUAAUAAAGGAGCUGAUAAAACUGCAAACCCUACAUGUUCACAGUCAAACGAUUGUGGUGAAAUUCAACUCCAACAAACUCAAUUUGACAAUUCAGGUUUGUCCCAACUUUCCUAUGGUGAGGUUACCAAGAAGCUUUUGGAUCAACAACUGGAGAAAGAUAUGCAAAGAUUUAAGAAUGAGGUAGGAAUGCUACAAACAGUAUUCCUAAAUUUGGCACAAGGCAGAGAACAGCUUCAGAACAAGUCUCAUACAGAAGUGGAGAAAGGGGACAGCUUAUCAAAAGAGGUGGAUGUAUCCCAUGGAAGCACCAAGAAAUUUGCUCAAAGAACUGCUGUUUCUGAUGUACAAGAAGGACAAAAACAAAUACCGAGGCAUAAACCAUCUACAGGGAAAAAUUCAAUUAUGACAGAAGGAACUAAAAAUGUAAUAUUAAACUCCAAGUUGUAUUCUGGCCACAAUAGUCAUGAUAUUCCUUGUGAGAAUGGGAAGCUACCUGAAAUGUAUGAUGACAGUACAUUCAGUGAUGCCUCGCAGGAGGAUGAAGGAGGGGAGGCUGGAAUUCACACUAAUUGGAGAGACAAGAUGUGGAAUCCUGAUGAAUCUGAUGACUUAAGUCAUUCAUCUGACACUGGAACUGAUGAGAAUGAAUUACUCUGCUCAACGUUCAGAAAUGCAGCUUUGUUAAUAGACCAACUCAAUGCUGCAGGUCUAGAUUCAGUGAACCUGUUAAAAAUACAGAACUUAAUCCAAGAAUAUGAAAGAUCUGUCCAAAAAGAGAAAGGUAGACAUGUAUUUCUGUCAAAAAAAGUAAAGAACCUGGAAAAUGAAAGGAAGGACCUCCAGCAGAUUAAGGAUACAAAAAGAGAACUAGAGUCAAUGCUGGAGCACCAGAAAGUGGAUUUUGAGAGUGAUCUCAGCAGCUUAAGAUUUUCUCUGAAGCAAGAGGAGGAGAAAAGGAAGAAUGCAGAGAUGCUCCAUGAGAAAGUUGGAGAUCAACUAAGAAAAAAGGAGGAUCAAUGCUGCAAAGAAAUGCAAGAGAAACAACAGCUGGAACUGACCUUACGAAACAUGGAGCUUGAAUUGCGAAGCCUUCGGAACAAUAUGAAACAGGUUGAAGAGGAACGUAAUGAAGCUCAAAGGCUGCUGUCUCAAGAACGUAAUGCUAGAGUUAUUGACGAAGAAACCCUGAAUAAUUUGAGGAGGAGAAACGAAGAGCAAGAGGCAAAGAUACUUCAGGCAAAAACUGCUGAGGUACUUGCUCAACCCUCUGAUGCAGGGGAAAAAAAUUUAAUACAAAAGAAUCUUAAACUACAAGAGGAAAUUGCUUUAGUUAAGGAAGAGCUAUUAAAACUCCAGUCUAAUACUAACGAAGAAGAAAGCCAAUAUAUUGAGGAAAAUGAGAUGUUAAAGGAAAAAAUUGAUGACCUUAGAAGAGAUUUAAAAAAUAAUGAAGAAACCUUAACGCAAAGUGUUUACCAAUAUAACAGACAGCUCAAUGUGUUAAAGACAGAGGCCUCUAUGUUGUGCACUAAGUUAGAACACGAAAAGCAAUCCAAAGAAAGACUAGAAAAUGAAGUGGAGUCAAUCCGUUCCCGUCUGACCACUGCAUUACAGGAGCUGGAAAGACUCCAGUUGUUAAAAACAGAUAUCGAACGCACCUUACAAAGAGAGCGUGAUGAGUGGAUGCGUUUCAAAGACAAAUUAAAUCAUGACCUCUCCAACUUACGUGAAACUAACAACAACACCUCUCAACAGCUUAGCAGAACUGAAGCUAAGUGUAACGGCCUAGAGAACGAACUACAUAGAGUAGGAUUAUCUCUCCAAGAGAAAUGUCUUCUUCUAGAAAGUACACAAAGAGAGUUGGUGCAAGCUCAGGACAGGACAGAGAAGCUUGAACGUACGCUCCAACUCGAGAAAGAGCAAACCAACAAAAACAUAAUAAAACAAGAGUCCGUGCAGGAGAGGCUGGCACAACUCCAGAGUGAGAACAUACAGCUUCGCCAACAGCUGGAAGAUGUCCAAAACAAAGGCAUCACCAAAGAUAAGACCGUGAGCGAAAUCCAGGACAGAUUUACUGAUAUAUUCAAUAAGGUUCGGGCUGACAAUGAAAGACAAGUCCACCUAGUAGAAGAAAGAAACAAGGAUCUAAUCAACAAAUCAAAUGAGCUUCGAGAACAAAUCUAUAAGCUUGAAACUGAGAAGGUUGAAAGAGAGAGUUCACUGAGAAAUCUGCAGAAUGAAUUAGCUGAUGCUCUGAAGAAGUUAGCUAUGUCUGAAGCUUCCCUAGAAGUGAUAACACGAUACCGUAAUGACCUUGAAGACAAAAAACAGCACCUUCAAAAAGAAUUAGAAAACUGUAAAAUGAAGCUCCAGGAUAUGGAGGAGCAAUUCCUUCAAUCGGAAAGACAUAACCACCAUUUGAAAAACCUGUUAGAUGACAAAGAAAGAGAAAUUUGUGCUGCAGUCCAGAAAAGUCAGGAAUUCUCUCUUGUAGCUGCUGAAGCUGACAAAUCUGUCAAACAGUUGGAGCAACAUGUGCAGAGGCUUGAAAUUGAAAAUGCUAAAUUUGAGACAGCAGCAAAACAACAAACAAGUCAAACUGAAAUCCUUCAGAAAGAGCUAAAGGAAUCUCUUUCAAGUUGGAAUCGUAUGGAAGAACUACUAACUCAUGUGCAAUCCUCCAAAAUUGACCUGGAAGAGAAACUGAGCCAACAGGUGCACAUGAAACCUGCCCAUGAUAGUCAUAAUCUUUGGGAGGAAGAGUUGAAGUCCAUAUCUCGAUUAAGCAUCCGCCUGGCUGGUGUUGAGAGAGAAAAAUCAGAGCUGGCUGAACAGGUUGAAUGUGAGAGAAAGAAGGUGAAGAAACUGGUAGAACUGAAGAAGUCUUUUGAGACGCGCUUUGAUCAGGAAGUUAAGAGAAACAAUGAAUUGCAAGGAGAAAUGGCUAGGCUGAAGACACUCUUGAAAGCAACUAAAAAGAAACUCAAAGGACUUGAAGCUGAAAAACAGGCCAAAUAUGAAGAAGGAGCCAAACAUCCUAACCUUGAUGCUGCAGACUCUGAAGUCAGGAGAUUAAAACAUAAGGUUGAAGAAUUGGGACGAGAAACUGCAAAAUCUGCUCAGCUGGAACAUACAAACCGCGAUCUGCAGGAACAGCUGUCUUCAAUGAAAAUUUUGCAGAAGAAGUAUGACCAAUUGGAGAAGGGGAAGCGAUAUCUGGAAGAAAAUAUAGCUGAUCUGAAGAGACUUGUAGAGUCAAACAAGAUGGAUCACGGCCUCUUGGAAAAGUACAAGAAGGAAAUUCAAGAGCGAGGAAGGCAAGAAUUACAACAGAAACUAGAUGAAGUCAACCUAUUCCUUCAGGCACAGGCUGCUUCCCAAGAAUCCCUAGAACAAAUGCAGGCUGCAAAGGAUGCAUCGAUAAGAGGUCAACUUGAAAAUAGAAUUCACGACUUGGAAUCUGAACUCCAUAAGAUCAAAAUGAGCCUGCAGGAAAGUACAUCUCAGAAAGAUUCUUUUCUGUCGGAAGUGAAUAGAUUCAAAGAUUUGUAUGCCGAAGAAAUGAAAAUGAGAAAAUCUCUGGCGACAAAAUUAGAGAGAGCAAAUGAGAAACUUGAAGAAGCCAAAGCCAAACUGCUUAAUGAACGCGAAAAAAGCAAAUCAUUCAUCACAAGCAGUAUUGUUAAUGGGAGCUUAGCUGGAACCCCAGUUAUAGACACAAGCCAGCUUGGUCUUCGCUACGGGAACUUAUCAGUAAAUGAAACUUUUAGUCUUGGAGGGAGCAUUCUGAAUCCAGUGGGAAAUGGCUUACCAACAAACCGCGUCGACACGUAUCUGUCAAAGGUUAGUAAGCGCAUCACGUAG